CAGACGGUGGAUAGGCGGAGCAAUAUGGGAAAUGAAACUAAGCCUUAUCCACCAUCUGACAGCACUGCAGCCGAGAACAAUAACAAAAGGACGGAAAUAUGCUGUGAUCAAAGCCAUCUGCUCUCUGUGGGACUACAAGAUACCUGAAAUGAGUCAAACACCACUAAAGAAAAUCCCACCGAGGGCUGCAUCAGUUCCAUCUCUCACCACAGUGAUGUCUGAACUGACUUUUAAUAAAAGCCACACUGAUCCUGAGUCAGAGCGGGAAUUGUAGACAGAGAGGGAAGUGCGUGAGAAGAACAGGUGGAUAAUGGAGGACAUGUCUGACCUUCAAGAUGAUGACACGUCCACAACACAGAGUCCAGUUCAGCAAGACAGAUCAAUCCCAUCAGCACCCAGCUGUGUGUCCCUCAAGAGUGACCAUUCCAUGGAACCUCCAAUCACCAUUAAUGAUAAACCACCACCUUCUGGACAUCAUCCAGCUCAACAGGACAGAUCAGUUUCUUCAGCACUUAGCUGUGUGUCCUUCAAGAGUGACACAUCUAUGGAGCCUCCAAUCUCCCUUAAUGAUAAACCUUCAACCUCUGGACAUCGUCUGGUUCAGCGGGACAGCUCAGUCCCAUCAGCACCCAGCUGUGUGUCCCUCAAGAGUGACCACUCUAUGGAUCCUCCAAUCACUAUCAAUGAUAAACCCCCACCUUCUGGACAACAAAUGACGUCGCUGAGAAGUAAUGAAACUAGCAGUACUGUGGAACAGAGCAUCUGCGUCCAUCCUAAAGGCCCUGCAAUGCCAGCAUUUACUGGGCAUGAAUCAUAUGAGAAGUAUAAAAUCAAUCUGAAGGAAAGGUUUCAACGAUUAUCUGACGGACUACAGCAUCAUGGACAUUCAAUGCUCCUUAACGAGAUCUACACAGAGCUCUACAUUACUGAGGGAGGAAGCGGGGAGGUCAAUAAUGAACAUGAAGUGAGACAGAUUGAGAUGGCAGCCAGGACACAGUCAUCAACGGACGACACACCAAUCAAAUGCAAUGAUAUCUUUAAACCUUUACUUGGACAAGAUAAACUGAUCAAAACCAUGCUAACAAAGGGGGUGGCGGGUAUUGGAAAAACUGUCUCUGUGCAGAAGUUCAUUGUGGACUGGGCUGAAGGUGAAGCAAACCAGGAUGUCCAUUUCAUAUUUCCACUUCCUUUCAGGGAGCUGAACUUGAUCAAUACCCAGCCAUUCAGUCUGAAGGGUCUUGUUCAUAACUUCUUUCCACAAAUUAAAGACAUGAACUUUACUCACAUUGCUGAUCACAACACCGUAUUCAUCUUUGACGGCUUGGAUGAACGUCGUUUGUCCUUGAACUUCCUAAAUGGUGCAGUCAUAACCAACGCAACUGACAAGACCACAGUGGACAAUCUUUUGACAAACCUCAUCAAUGGCAAUCUGCUUCCCUCUGCAAAAAUCUGGAUAACCUCCCGGCCAGCAGCAGCAGGCCAGAUUCCUCUCGAAUUCAUUAGUCAAGUCACAGAGAUUCGGGGAUUCAAUGACCCUCAGAAAGAAGAAUACUUCAAGAAAAGGAUCACUAACCAAAGUUUGGCUGACAGAACCAUCACGCACUUGAAAUCUUCUAGGAGCCUCUACAUCAUGUGCCAUAUACCCGUCUUCUGUUGGAUUUCUGCCACUGUUCUGGAGAAGAUGUUAAGAGAUGCAGAAGGUACAACAAUACCCAGGACCUUGACCCAAAUGUACACACAUUUUCUCAUCAUCCAAACAUGCAUCAGAAAGGAGAAGUAUGUUCAGACUGGACAUGUUGACAAGGAGAUGAUUUUCAAGCUUGGACAGCUCGCUUUCAAACAGUUGAUAAAAGGCAACCUGAUCUUCUAUGAGGAAGACUUGAAGGAGUGUGACAUCGAUGUCAAGGAUGCUGUAGUAUACUCAGGAGUGUGCACACAGAUCUUCAGAGAGGAGUCUGAACUGUAUCUUGGGCAGGCGAAGGUGUUCUGCUUCGUCCACUUGAGCAUUCAGGAACAUCUUGCCGCUUUGUAUGUCUAUGUAUCCUUCAGUGAAGGUAACAAAGUGGUGCUCAAUCAGUGGAAUCCAGCAAAGAUCGCUCCUACCUUUUCAUGUUCAUCCAUCUCUGACCUUCAAAAGAGUGCAGUGGACAAGGCCUUGAGAAGCACAAAUGGUCAGUUUGACCUGUUUCUCCGCUUCCUUCUUGGCCUCUCACAGGAAAGCAACCAAUCUCUCCUGCAAAUGCUGCUUCCACACAUAUCAGCGUGUGGUUCCCAAAAUGUUGAACAGACAAUUGAAUACAUCAAGAUUCGCCUCAGGAUGAACCUCUCUCCAGAGAAAUACAUCAACCUGUUUCACUGCCUGAAUGAGCUGAAUGACUCUUCCUUGCAGGAUGAGAUACAAAACUUACUUAGUGCCAGACGCCUUUCCAAGACCAAACUCUCCCCAGCACUGUGGUCAGCUCUGGUGUUUGUGUUGCUGACCUCAGAGAGGGAAGUGGAGGUCUUUGACUUGAGGAAAUACAGCCUGAACAAUGCAGACGAAUGCCUUUACAGAAUGCUACCAGUUGUGAAGGCCUCUAGAACAGCUGAGGUCAGGCAUUGUAACCUCUCCGAUAAAGGUUUUCAAGCUCUGACUUCAGUUCUUAGCUCAAAAUCUUCAAAUCUUAGAGAUCUGAAACUCAGUGGUAACGUAAUGCAUGGGUCUGGCACACACUUUCUUUCUGAAGGUCUCAAGAGUCCACACUGUAAACUGGAGACACUGGAUCUAUCUGAUUGUGAUAUCAAAGAAAAAGACUGCAGUUUACUGGCAUCUGCUCUCAACUCAAAUCCUCUGCACCUGAGAGAGCUCGACUUGAGCUUCAACUUUCUUGGAGAUUUUGGUGUGAAGCAGCUCUCUGAGGUCCUGCGGAAUCGAAGCUGUAGGCUGGAGAAAUUAAAGCUGUUUUCCUGUGAACUAACAGCAAAGAGCUGUGUGGCUCUGUCUACAGCGCUGAAAAGCAACACCAGCCUGACUGAGCUGGAUUUGAGUAAAAAUGCUCUUCGGGACUCUGGAGUAAAGCAGCUCUCUGCAGGACUGAGGAAUUCUCACUCAAAGCUCAGGAGUCUUAGCCUGGCAGACUGUGGCCUCACGGUUAUUGGCUGCAGUUCACUGUGUGGUGCCCUGAGGUCAAAAUUCUCUUAUCUGAGUGAGCUGUAUCUGAACUUCAACUCACUCAGAGACACUGGGGUUAGGUUCAUCUGUGAAUGUCUGAAACAGCCACACUGCAAGCUAGAGAAACUAAGCCUGUCACAGUGUGAUAUCUCAGAAGAAGGCUGUGCUGCUCUGGCCUCAGCUCUCCGGCUGAACCCGUCACACCUAAGAGAGCUGGAACUGAGUGGGAACAAACCAGGAAGUUCAGGAAAGCAACUCCUCAAAGCUCUGCAAGAACAUAAAGACUUCAGAUUGGAAAAGUUAAAAAUAUAGAAGACUAAUGCAGGAUCAUCUACUUGGGACAAGACAAGAGGUCUUCCGCUAUGACCAGUGAGGGGUUUCAGUGCAGUACACUGUAUGUAUGUAUAUGAAAUGAUAGCACAGAAGAGGAAUGUGGGGUAUGACUUACAUUAUGUACAUCCAAACCAGGAGCUGGACAAUGUCUUUAUGGAGUCUGAUGUCCCCUGUCCCUUUUUUGAUCCCUACUGUGUCAUGUGACUCAUGAGGACAUUUUCCUCAAUUUAACACAGCUUUCAGUGUAGCUCCAUUAUACAUUCAGUAAGCUCUCCAGUAAACCAGCCUCAAAUUCUGGAUGAUGUAAUGUCUGGAUUCAUGUAGCCACUGCAGUGGAAUCAGCACUUUUUUAGGAAUGUAUUUUUUUUCUAGCAAAUCACAGCCACAAAGCUACUGGAUAUCUUUCACUGAGUCAAUUGGAUGAAUUCAACAUGCCAGUGAAAGGAAAAUAUCAGUUUAGCACCGCACAUCACAAGUGUCUGUUUUGAGAAACUUUUUUUAGGUGGGACAGUCUUCAGAAAUGAUAAUGACCAUUACACAAUCAGUUUCCACUCUAUUUAUUACUACUAGUAUUAAAAUCUUCUCUCACUAGAUGUCCUCGCAGGCAUCUGCUUCCAAGACUACUUAAUAGAGAACACAGUAAGAGCUUUUAUUGGCUCUGUCUUUACAGUGAUUAUUGUACCAUUUUAAUGGAGAAAAUACUUACAUUUGUGUAAGUGUAGUACCGUAAUAAUGUAAUACUUACAUCUUGCCAGUUUUUCUUUUAUCAUAACAUUCAGGAGUGUGUCUCUGAAAAACUUUGGUUUGGAAGGCCAUGUAGACCAAACACUUCUCCCUACUCCCCAUCUAAACGAAUGGUACACCUUAACUCGUGAAUACACAAAACAGAGGGCUAAGGACUAAGUGGUAGCGACAAGGGGUGAAAUGGGAUUGGGCCUAAGUGUGAUAAUGUGGUGCUCCUAACUCAACAGAUAUUGCUCCACUUAGUUUAUUACUGUUUUUGCAACUUUCAUAAGUGAGUUAUGUGAAGAUGUACAGCAGCAGCAAGAAUGGCAGGUGCGAAAAAGCCAGUUAAUGGAUGAGGAUGAUAAGGAAGAUAAGAGGAUGAGGAGAUAUCCGAGCAGGUGGACAGGGAGAAAUUACAUUAAUUUGACGUGACUCAGAUAUGAAUCAGCUGUACUGUUUUAUAAAUGAGUUACUCGAUUCAUCAAUUUUUGUUUGAUCCUGCUUCAAAUGCAACAUCUCGUCACUAGAGGUCAGUAUUCAUCAAAGUAUGACGUUAAAGCUGUAACGUGUAGCUGGACUGCCAUUCAGGAUCAGCUUGGAUUUAAAGCUGAUGCAAAGACAAAUAACUGGGCCUAAGAAGCACAAAAUCUGAACCAAAAGCUGAACUAGAAUAAGUAUUAACUGAUGUAGCAUCGCUGAACUGUUCCUACAUUCAGAACUGUUUACAUGUGGUCACAAGAUCACCUUCAAAUUAUAGUAUCUACUGACAACAUGGUAGAAGAUUGAAAAUGUUGCACAUUCAUUUCAUUGGAACCGCUGGGUCCAGCUAUUGUUCUGUAUUGUUGGCAGUGGUGGACAGUAACUAAGUAAAUGUAAUUAGUUAUUGUACUUAA